AUGACAUCAAAACCAUCAACAUCAUAUGGUCAUGAAAUGACUAAUCAAAAAGAAAGAAAGCCGCCUCAACCGCAAGUAAAGGUGCCUUCAAAUUUGAGAGAAAGUCGUCAGUUGAAAGAAGGUCACGUAGAAGAUAAUAACGAAGAUAUAGCUUACUUCAAUAUCAAAGUCAUCUAUCCUGCACUCUUCUUCACAAUUCUAUCCCUAACAGCUUUUACAAUUGCUGUAUGUGGUUCAUUGUAUACCGACUAUAAGCCACCUAGAUGGUUACUCAAGAGAGGCUUUGGUGUCAAAUAUGGAAGUUCCAUCUUUCAUUGUAACAGCACCGUGAAGAUAAGAUGGAAUGAUAUGCCUUCAGUCCUCAAUAUGUUUGAAGUUAAUGUUGUCGGAAAUGUUCUUUUCCGUAUUGCCGUGUGUCUACCUAUGGUCGUCAGAAUCUUUUUGGUUUCUGUUUGGAGAAAAGUUUUAUACAUGGAAUACGAAGAUGGUUUGAACUUUCUCUACAAAGCAUGCAAUGACUUGAUUCCAAUUCUGACCGCUGUCGAAGUUUUCGCCUUAGCCUUGUUCAGCAUUAUCACUCUGCAUAUGGAUUUCCCUCACGUCAACCGCUUCUGUAAAGUAGUAUUCGUCAUUACAGCCGUAACAAACGUUUUUAUGAUAAGUAUAGUCAGUUUUGCACAUGGGAGAACUGCCACUAAGAAAAUUGAAACGUUUGCGAUAGCAGUGAAAUUAGUGUGUUGUGUUUCUUUCUGCUACACAGCUCCGCAGUUCUUCCAACAGCAUGUAGGGACAUUGAUCUAUCCACUAUGUCACUCUUACGUGCCUCGCGCUCAAGCUCUAACGGAAUACGUGAUGAUCGCCUCGUAUGGUCUUUUCCAUCUGACAACUCUGAUUGAUAUUCGAGAUGUCUCAUUUAUGUGUUAUCCCCGAACAUGCAGUGGAGAAUGCGAACCUCUGCAUCCAGACAACUUCCAGAAAGGUGGAAAGUUCGAACAUUGUCGUGCUUACGAGUAUAAUCAACGACGAAUUCUCAAUAUGUAA